AUGAAGGUGGUGAUUGGAGAGAUUCAACACAUCCCAGAGUUCAUCAGUGAUGAUGGUAAAAGCUCCUUCACUGUGCUGAUGACUGAACUGACACUCUCUGAUUCUGAAUGGUUUUUCUGCUCUGCUGGAGAUCUGCAGGUUCCUGUUCAGCUCACAGUCACUAAAGUAAUAUUUGUGUGUUGUUUUUGUUUAGGUGUUGAAAGCUUUGAAGGUGGGUCAAAUCAUACAAUAACUGUUAAGCCUGGAGGAUCUGUCACCAUCCCAUGUUAUUAUGAUGAGAAAAACCCACCACAGAAGAAAUACUGGUACUCAGUAAUUGGUGAAUCUCGUAAAUACACAAACACAACAGAGGAAAAUCUGUCAGUUAUUGAUCAUCCUGAUCAGAGUCUCUUCACUGUGACUAUGAGGAACCUGCAGGAGAACAAACAUAAUGGAAAAUAUUAUUGUACCGUAGAGACUGGACAAAAAUCGAAUGUCACAUAUGAGCUUUUUCUGCAGGUUCAUUCUGCUCCUGAUGUGUCUGUGAUGAACAGCAGUGUGUCUGGACAUGAAGGUGAUGAUGUCAGUGUUCAAUGUUUCUACAGUUCUGGAUAUAAGGAUAAACAGAAACGCUGGUGCAGAUAUAAAGAUCAGAAGUGUUUCUCACAGAAGAAAACGGACACAUCCCAGAGUUCAUCAGUGCAGAUCAGUGAUGAUGGUGAAAGCUCCUUCACUGUGCUGAUGACUGGACUGAGACUCUCUGAUUCUGGAUGGUUUUUCUGCUCUGUUGGACAUCAAACUAUUCCUGUUAAACUCACUGUCACUGAAGAUAAAAUCUUUUCCUUGUUUAAUUUAGAUACUUAUAAACCAGUAGAGCUCAGUUCAUAAUUAUUACU